UGUGUGUGUGUGUGUGUGUGUGUGUUUGUAUCGGGAUCACCUACACAUUUCUCUCUAACAUUAGGGUUAAAGUCUUUGUUUCUAGAGAUAGACUUAUAUUCUUGAACGGGAGGCACUUCAUUGGCAAUUAGAGAAGUUUAACAUAGUUUUGGGGCCCCUGGCUGGCUCAGUUGGUAGAGUUUGUCUGUGACUCUUGAUCUUGGGUUUGUGAGUUCCAGCCCCACGUUGGGCAUAGACAUUACUUUAAAAAAUAGAAGUCUUUAAUUUUUCAGCCUGAUUAGAAAAUCCCCUUGCGGCUUCAAUGCUCUCUGAGUUUUUCAUCCUCCACGUCCCCCUUGACUGCACAUGUGUAUUCCUUUUCUGUUCUAGCUCUGCUUUUAAGUACUGAAUUUUAUUCUUAUCCAUGAAAAGAAGUAAAGCUUUUCAUUGAAACGAUCAUGUCAUUGAUUGUUAACCCUACCGCGAGUAAUGUAGGUUGACAUUUUGCUAGUUUUAAUAGUUUAGAGAGUUGUGAAUUGAUUAACUUUACUUAUUUUUCACCGAAAUGACAAGUAUCUCAAAAACAAGCAUCCGUUUGCUUAGUGGAGAGAUAGUUUACAAUUUAACAUAAAAUGAUUUUUUUUUUCUUUAAUGGUAUCUCUACUGUGCCUCUGAGAGGAAAUGAACGACACAUCCAGAGAGUGGAGGACAGUGAGAGAGUUCUACUUAAAAAAUGCUUCCAAAACAUGGCGCACAUCAAAUAGUAUCUUAUCUUGUGUAGACAGAAUUUUUAAAUCAAGAUAUGUAAUAGAAGCUAUUUGCAAGAAGACUUCCCCUUUAAAGAGAGCAUUAAUAACAAAAUUUUCUUAUGGUAAACUAUUUAACGUCUAAACUAUUGGCAGGAUUUUAGACGCUCGAGACAAAGUGUUCCUUCUUGUUUCGGAAAGUUUGAUUUGCCAGCCGUGGUUCUUCUGAGAGGUGCGCUGAGGCCGGGCAGGCACGGGUCUGUGUCCUUGAGCAGAAGUAACCAUGUCACUCCUUGAGGAAGAAUUUGGUGGAGAAUUCAUGUUGUGAACUUUUAUUCUUUUUUAGACUUUCUUAAACCAAAUUUUAAUCUUAAUUACAAAUCAUGUUUAGGUCAUCUGACUUGAAUACACAUUACAGCCCAGCGUUUACAAACCCUAACUCCCACCUGUGGAAGUAGUAUAAUGUACUAUGAAAAAGCGUGUGUUAGAGACAGCGCACCCACGUUAGGGACGGGAAGACACGUCGGCUGGAAUGCAGUGUCUCCUGCGCUUCGAUUUCUCUUUUAUUCGUGUUUCUUACGAAGCAGCCCUAUUGUCUAAUGGGGGUGAUGAGGCUGAGCACGCUGAACGUGCCAGCAUCACAGAACUGGCAGGAAGGCUCAGUACUCCAGAAGGGAAAUCGAAGGGGUGGCUGCAGCCCAGCGCUGGCGGCGGCCCGAAAGCGUGACGCUGAGGUGAUGUGGGCGUUAAAUCAAUCCGGAGGGAGAUCACUGGCGUUUGUAUUAAAGUCAUUAGUUGAGCAUAAACUCCGAGGUGUUACAAGAAGGCCGUGUAAGCCACCUUAGCACUUCCGAUAAGUUCACUGUCAGGGGACACGACUAGCUUCUAAGGCCCAUCUCUGCCCUCAGCGCUGUGUGAUCUUGGGAAAGUCACUCAGUCUCUCUGUGUUUCAACUGCCCACCUCCCCUCCGUGUUGGAAAUGGAUACAUUUUGGUUUUGUACCAAAAAAAUCAUAGGCGAUAAUGUCUCCAGCUCUAGUUUUUCUUUUCCCCUAUUUUAGCAUGUAGGAUUGCCAGGAGAUUAAAAUUUUAGCAGAGAUGAGAGUUUUGAAUGUUUUUGCAAUUCAUUAAAUACUUUCGGGAUAUAAAACAGCUGCCGAAGAGGCUGGAGAAAGUUCCAGGUGGUACCUUUGUUGCCUUAGGGAAGUUCUGGCCGCAUCUAAUGGUGCCUUCCUGCCCCCAAGGUAGCUUAGCAAGUGGGUGCGUAUUACUCAGAAGUGGGAGUGACCCAGAAGAGGAACUGGGUGCGCACCAGAACAACCCCUGCAAGUGUUGGGCAGGGUGCUGGUAGGGGAACUGCCCUGGGGUCUGGGCGGGAGUCUGAGCUCUGCUGCGUAACCAGCUGGGGGCACUGGGCAAGUCGCUGAACUCCCAGCCUUUUGUUUUGAAAACCAUUAUCGUGAGGGUAACAAACACAGGAGAUGCCAGGAUCAUGGUUUCUACUGUGUAGUAAGUGUCCAGUAAGUGGCACCUGUUGGGAUUGCUUGUGGUGUUGUCACCAGACCAAGAAACAAGCUGUGUGUCCUGGUCCCCAUGUCACGGCGUCCUCACGCAUGCCUCCCCUAGCGCUGGGUCAUCCAGUCUGGCUCCUGCAGGAGACUACGAGUUCCUUGACUCUUGAGUGGGGUUUUCCCUCCCUCUGUAUGUGUCCCCAGUCUGGUUCAGUGCCUGGUCCACAGUAGGCGCUCCGUAUUGUGUUGGAUAAAUCAAUUAAUGAAUAAGAGAAGCUCUCUGUUAACAAGUAAAAUGUCUUUUUUUUUAGAAUUUACAUAAUAACAAAGUGUUUCAUUUACAAAACUCUCUUAGAUAAGGCAAAUGAGUGACUACCAAUCAACUGCUGGGCACCUCUAUGUUCAGUGUGUUGCCAGGACACAAAGACAAUACUUUGCACCCUGAAGAAAAUUGCAGACUAGCUGGAUAUACAAAACAAACCUGCAGAAAGAUAGCGUACGAAUCAGCACCUCUCUCCGCAUUAUCUCACACACCAUAAACUUUUUUCCAACACUGCAAGAUUAUUUGAUAAAAAAUAUUACAAAGAUGCUCUUAAGGUAGUAGGUGGUGAUUUGCUAGUGAGUCAGAGAGACUAUUUACAGAUGAGGGAAGAUCCCAGAUUCUAGUACAUGUAGUAAAAUUCACACAGGAAGAAGAUUAAAAAGAAAGGAGACUUCCUGUAGGUUUUGAAAGUACCGCGGAAGUUCUAGAGAUGACAGAGUGGGCAUGUAGUGCGUCGACGGUGAGAAGAGAGGAUUCAAAGAGAUGCGAAGACAAGGGGGGGUAUUUUCAUCAGAUGGAGUGGGACGGUGUCCUCGACGCAGCGUGGUGAGGGCUGCCCGCCUCACUGUGCCAGACUCCUGGCACAUGCAGCCUUCAGACCAGGAGGCUGAAAAGUCCCAACCCCCUGGUAGAUUUGAAAUGAUGAAAACGGGUAAGAAAUGAUGAAAUAAGGAGAAGUUUAGUAAGAGUUGCUAAGGCAGAAUGGUGGGACAUUUGAAAAGCAUAACUGUGAAAACUCAGUGGGGAGGCAAAGGUAAAAGAAAAUGUGACUUUUUUUUAAAAGGAGGGGACACAUUUUAAAAUGCAGGGGAGAGAGUGAGUCUCUGGUGGAAAAUAUAUCCAGAAUAACGGUGUUCAAGAAACUAUAUGAUGUUUAAAAAAGCAGUAGUACUUGAGUUGGUGGAAGUUUGAAGGGCACCCCCCAAAAAGAUCAGUGCCAUUGUUCUCCUGCUGCUGAAGUUUGACUCUUUGCUUCAACACUCAGUUGGUUUUAGUGGCGGGGAUGUGACCGAGCUGGGGAACAGAAAUCUUUACUAGCAGCGAAGAGUCCAUUGAUAUGUAGAGGAAAAGUGGGUUUUCGUGUCAGAAGACGAAACCUGAGUGGGAAUAUAGAAAGCAUUGUUGUUGUACUAAGUGAUAACUAGAAAGAUUCCCUUUUUAUACCAUCACUGCCUGCCGUUGCAGACUCCUUGCCUUCAUGUCGUGUUAUCAAAAACAAACAGAAACUUGGUAUUAUUAAUCACGGGUUUCGCUAAGUCGCAACUGACUGUUUCCAUGUUGGCUCAGCUUUAUGGACAAAAAUGUGGCAUUAAACCUUAUUCUUUAUGAUCCUGAAAUUAUUACAUCAUUUCUUCUGUUCCUUCUGGAAAAGGCACAAGAAGCCAGCAGGCUUUUCCAGCUGAUAAAAUUAAACUUCCCUUCAUUAGUCAUUACAAAACUAUGCACAAGAAAGGGAGAGUGACGUAAAACAAAAACAUUCAAUCUUUUUAAUGUGGCAGGAGAGAGUGCUGUAUGCAGACAGCACUGAAUGAAUGGUGGUCUCCCUUAUGAAAGUAUUACCUGCUGGGAAAUCAGGCGGAGAAGCCCAGCGAGAAACACAGUCGGAUCCAAAAACUACCACAAAAAGAUUGUUAUUGGAAUCUAAUAUGGGUUUAUUACCUCAUGUCAAGCCAAAUUCAGAUUAUAAAUAUCUCAUCAGUGGAAAAGGAAGCUAGCUGAUGGUUCUAUUUUUGAGGGUUUUUUUUUUUUUAUAUUUUGUUUGAAACUAAUUAGUAAAAUGGAAAGAAAUGCUUUCCAUAAUUACAUUCUCUGGGUUUAAAAUAAUUUUAAGUUUCAAGAAUGCACUGUACUUAAAAAGUCCCUUUGAAUAGUAACUGUUUAUUUUAGUCCCAAACUACUGCAUAAAUGAAAUCUAUUGGGGCAGACUUUUCAGGACCAAAAAAGAAAGCCAGCAUCUGGGGUGCUUCAAUCUUAAGUGGAUAUUUGGUAAAUCAGUUUGAAGAAACCAGAGAAAAGAAGGAACAUAUCUAACAUCAUAGCACAGACGCAUCAGAAGAGACGGCUCAUUGAGAGGACUGCUGUGCGUGCAGGUGUGCUGAGCCACCUGGCGGAAUGCGGUCAGGGCUGUGACGGACAGGGAACCUAGGAGGAAGACCCCUACUCCAUUCAGUAAGAGGACCGGAGAGAUUCGUUCCGGACAGCAGAACGGAAGAGAGAAUAUUGAUGGCUCUCACACUGCAGUUUUUAAAGCGUUUGUGAAUACUGGGGAAGGCAUCUGUCCCGAUUCUGAUGCAGCUGAGAAAAAUGCAGACCAUCAAGAAGGAGCAGGCGUCCCUGGAUGCUGGCAGCGGUGUGGACAGGAUGAUGGUGCUGAACUCGGCGCUGACCGAGGUCUCGGAAGACGUGACGGCGGGUGAGGAGCUGCUUCUGAACGAAGGCAGCGUGGGGAAGAGCAAGUCUUCCGCAUGUCGGAGGAAACGGGAAUUCAUUCCCGAUGAAAAGAAGGAUGCCAUGUAUUGGGAAAAGAGGCGGAAAAAUAACGAAGCUGCGAAGAGGUCUCGGGAGAAGCGUCGACUGAAUGACCUGGUUUUGGAGAACAAACUGAUUGCCCUGGGAGAAGAAAACGCCACUUUGAAAGCUGAGCUGCUCUCCCUAAAAUUAAAGUUUGGUUUAAUUAGCUCCACAGCCUAUGCCCAGGAGAUUCAGAAACUCAGUCACUCUACCGCUGUGUACUUCCAAGACUACCAGGCGUCCAAGUCCAGCACCAGCCCCUUUGUGGAUGAGCACGAGCCCUCGAUGGUGACGAGCGGCUGCAUUUCUGUCAUCAAGCACUCCCCGCAGGCCUCCCUGUCCGACGUUUCCGAAGUGUCCUCGCUGGAACAUUCGCAGGACGGGGCUGCGCGGGGUGGCUGCGGGAGCCCCGAGAGCAAGUUCCAGGCCAUCAAGCAAGAGCCAGUGGAGCUGGAGAGCUACGCGAGGGAGCCUGGCGAUGAGCGGGGCGCCUACCAGGCCUCCGUGUAUCAGAACCUCAUGGGCACCGCGUUCCCCGGCUACUCCCACUCUCCCCCGCUGCUGCAGGUCGCCCGGUCCUCCAGCAACUCCCCCAGGACGUCGGAGACGGACGACGGCGCGGUGGGGAAGUCAUCCGACGGGGAGGAUGAGCAGCAGGUUCCCAAGGGCCCCAUCCAUUCUCCCGUGGAGCUCCAGCGCGUCCACGCCACCGUGGUGAAGGUUCCAGAAGUCAACUCCUCGGCCUUGCCGCACAAACUCCGCAUUAAAGCCAAAGCCAUGCAGAUCAAAGUAGAAGCGUUCGAUCACGAGUUUGACGCCACGCCCAAACCGUCCUCGCCUGUCGAGGGGACGCCCAAGAGACAUUUCGAACUCGAGAAGCAUACUGCCCCAAGUAUGGUCCAUUCUGCCCUCACCCCUUUUUCAGUGCAGGUGACUAACAUUCAAGAUUGGUCUCUCAAAUCGGAACACUGGCAUCAAAAAGAACUUAAUGGCAAAACUCAGAAUAGCUUCAAAACUGGAGUUGUGGAAGUGCAAGACAGUGGCUUCAAAGUGUCUGACCCAGAGAAUUUGUUUCUGAAGCAGGGGAUAGCAAACUUAUCUGCAGAGGUGGUUUCACUGAAGAGACUCAUAGCCACGCACCAAAUCUCUGCUUCGGACUCUGGGUGAAUUACUACUGAAAAGCUCUGGGCGUUUAGAAAGCCGUCAUUUGCAAUAGAUGAGUACGUUUUGUAUUAGGCUGAAUUUUCACUGGACCCGUGAUGUCAUUCCACUGUAAUGUUCACACAUUGUCUGCUGGGUGUCUUUUUGUGCACAAAUUAUUAUGGAAAUUAGAUCGUGUUAUCACUCUGCCUUGUGUAUAGUCAAAUAGUCCAUGCAAAGACUGUAUAUAUUGAACAUUAUUUUUGUUGUUCUAUUAUAAAGCGUGUCAGUUACCAGUUUCAAUAAAGGAUUGGUGACAAACACAGAA